CAAACAUUUCUUAGAUCUAAAUUAAAUUCACCACCUGGGUCCAGUUAAUAUGUUGGGGUGUUUAGUUGGAACUUGAGCAAAGUUAGCCUAAGGUAGCUAGCUGUAACUUGUAAGUUCACCUACACUUUUCAACGUUGUCAAAAAUAUCAAACUCAAAGUACUCUCUCUACUGCGUUUGUGUGUAUCAAAACUCAGUUCAGUUUCUAUCAUACAUUACACAUCUAAUCCAUCUCAACCUCAAAAAAAAAAAAAAAUCCACCACAAGUUAAAAAAAGGGGAAAAAAAAAGAAGAAAAAGAAAAAAGAAGCUUUCUUUAAUUUUGUUUGGUCUAUAUUUAUAUGUUGUUUUAGAAAGGGUCUGGGAAUAGUACAUAUGCCCAGGUGCAGAUAAGAAAUCAGGUUUGAGGGUUUUCCUCUUUUAGAUCUUCCUUUUCUUUUUCUGGUGAACUAGAUACUUUUGUGGGUUUGUUUUGAUUCGGAGGAGAGGAGAAAUUAAGAUGGGGAGAGGGAAAGUACAGUUGAAAAGGAUAGAGAACAAGAUUAACAGGCAAGUCACAUUCUCAAAGCGAAGGUGUGGAUUGUUGAAGAAAGCCCAUGAAAUCUCUGUGCUUUGUGAUGCUGAAGUUGCUCUUAUUGUCUUCUCCCACAAAGGCAAGCUCUUUGAGUUUGCUUCUGACUCUAGCAUGGAGAGUAUUCUGGAGCGGUACGAGAGAUACUCAUAUGCAGAGAGAAGAUUAAUUGCUGGCAGUGCUGAAAUUGAUCAUCAGGAAGAUUGGCCCCUGGAAUACUCCAAACUUAAAGCCAAGAUUGAGCUGUUGCAAAGAAAUCAUAGGCACUACAUGGGUGAGGAACUUGACUCAAUGAGCCUGAAAGAGCUCCAAAGCUUGGAGCAACAGCUUGACACCGCUCUGAAACACAUCCGAUCCCGCAAAAGCCAGCUCAUGUAUGAAUCAAUCUCCGAGCUCCAGAAGAAGGAAAAAGCAAUUCAAGAGCAAAACAACCAGCUAUCAAAGAAGAUUAAGGAGAAAGAGAAGAUAAUGUCGACCCAGCAGGCACAGUGGGAGCAGCAAAACAGUGUCCCGAAUUCCACUUCUUUCCUCUACCAACAGCCACUUCCUCCUUGCAUGAACCUCAGCGUUACGAUUGAGGAACACCGUGCAGAUGAAGAAGCGGCGAUGAGGAGGAGAAAUGAGCUUGACCUCACUUUAGACUCCCUCUUUCCUUGCCAUCUUGGUUGCUUUGCUGCCUGAUUCAUGAUGUCCCAUGAAAGAAAAUCCCAGAAAACCUAUAUGAAGUACUACUAUAAAUGAUUUGCCACUACUACGUACGCGCCAAAAAGAAAUCUAUGCUUUAAGAUUUCUCAAUCAUUUCCGCAAGUUUGCUAGCUAAUAUUUUGAUUGUAAUAUAUUCCCCUCUCUUUCUGUUUUAUGUAUGUAUGAGUGUUGACGAUCGAUGAAGAAUGAUGACGAUGAAUUUGUGUCGUAUACAUUAAGGUUUAAUGAAUUUGUGUCGUAUGCUUCAUCUCAUUGGUUUUGACUUUUGAUUAGUUUAAAAAAAACUUGUUUGGAAGCAAGACGAAAAUUAAGAUCACAAUACGUGGUCUACUUCACACACGUCAACUGCUCUGUAUUUGGUUUUGCUUUUAUAUGUUUUGAGGAAUAUCAACUGUGUUAGGAUUAUUGUGG